AUGAACCAGAGCGAACCCGAGUUCAAGGAGAGAUCAGUGGUAUCCUCGUUCAUCUGCUCAUCUGGAGGGGCGACGCAGGUUGCUUUAUUUAGACGAAGUGAAAAGGUUAGGACAUAUCAGAAUCACCUAGCUCCCAUCUCAGGCAGUAUAGAGAGUCAUGAAACACCAGUAGCAGCGGCAUGGCGAGAGUUGAAAGAGGAGACUACUCUCACCCAGCAAGAUCUUGAACUUUGGCGACAGGGAAAACCAUACACCUUCCGCGAUCCUUCUCUGCGUCGACAAUGGACCAUUUUCCCGUUCCUAUUCCGACUCAAAUCCACCUGGGAAGGUGGUCGCGGGAUGGAGGGUGUUGAAAUCGACUGGGAGCAUGUAAGCUGGCAGUGGUAUAGCCCAGAGGCAAUUCAAGAUGAUGAGAAAUUCGGCGGAGUGCCACGUCUGAAGGAAAGCCUGCGACGAGUCUUGUUUGAGAGCGACAUGAACAAGAGCGCUAGCCUAGCACUCAGAACGGGUCUGGAAAAACUGAAGACAGAUCACCAGAGUGGAUCGCACGAACUGACUUCAAUUGCGCUGAGAGCCUUCCGGGAUGUUAUUGGGCAAAUGAGCGAGGAAAUCGAUACAAAGUGGUGGGAAACUGCUCGCAUGGCUGCAUGGCAUCUGUGGAAAAAUGGACGAGAAAGCAUGGGGGCAGCCACCUUGAAUGCAUUGCUAGGAGUGCUUGCCGACAUGGAAGAGAUCAUACAUCAGACUCUCAAGCACAAGGUCAAAUGGGACUCUUUGUUGACUUUAGUCGACCAGCAUGUGGACAAGCGCGAAGAAAUGCCCAUGCGCAUCCAAAACUCCUUUGCGAUGUAUCUUCAGCGCAACAUCCUGCCUACAGCCGAUUCAACCCCUCCGCCAUCUCUCGUUAUUCUCACCCUCUCGUCGAGCUCUACUAUCCGGGAUAGCAUUCUAAGGGCUUUUGGAUCCCUUCCAAUUCGUAAUCUGGAUCUCAGGAUACUAGAAUCUCGUCCGCUUUGUGAAGGAGCCAAUAUGGCAUCUUCCAUCCUCUCUGCCUUUCGGUCAAGAUUUCCCUUGACUUCCGAUCGAAGUCUGAAGCUAACUGUGUACACCGAUGCCUCGGCGGCUCUUGCUAGCAAGGAUGUGGAUUUCGUCUUGCUUGGAGCAGACCGGAUCUCGGAUUUAGGCUCCGUGAGCAAUAAAACUGGAUCUUUGCCAACUGUCUUGAGUGCCAGAUAUAUUUGUCCUGGCGCCAAGGUCCUGGUUCUCAGCGAACUGGAGAAGGUGGCUGAGCCUGGUGCGGAGAGCAGUCAUAGUCACGAAGAGAAUGAUCCGAAAGAGGUAAUAGGUUGCUGGCUGAACAGUGGUAUGAAAGGAGUUGAUACUCUUACUGGGGCAGCUGAGGUGGCUGGUCAAGAUAGCGUCAACUACGCGGUCGAAGUUAAGAAUAUCUACUUCGAAUGGGUUCCGGCUGAACUCAUAGAUGCGUAUAUCUGUGAAGAGGGGACUUUAGACACCAGUGCGAUUAAAGAAAAAUCCCAACAGGUAAAUCAAAAGGCCGACAGAUACUUUGGUCAACUCUAG